AUGGCACCAUUCGUCGAGACGUGGCCGGCGCGCGAGCUAGAAUUCCGCUCACAGGUCUCGCUGAAAGGGAAUAAGAGGAAGGGAUUCGAUGGCGAUUUGAAGGGGUGCGAGUUGUUGGAGAUGCUGCAGUAUAAGUGUGAGGUUGAGAAGCCGGUAACGAGGGAGAGUGUGACCCGGUGCUGGCCUAUUGAGAGGAUGUUUAGACGGUGUGUGGAUCAGAAUGGGGGUUUUAUGGUUGAGACAACGGCUUGGGAAGGGAAGAAGGGUGGUUGA